AUAAUACUUGUUGAGUAUUAUGAAAUACUUAAGAAACAGAUUUAUCGAAGAUUUGUGUCCAUCUUGGUUUUGUUUUUUCUAUGGUCACAAAUGAAAAAGAGGGUUACAACGAUAAUAAAAUGGUAAAUACGAUGUGGUGUUAAAAUCGGUUAAAACUGUCGGCGCAAGACUUAGUGGUUAUAAUUAAUGUAAUUAUUUAUUUUCUACAUGCUACGACGUAAAGAAAAACAGUAUUUAUGUAAUAAUUAUUAAAACACACGAUAUUACAUCAACAUUAGUAUUGAAGUUAAUCGUACGUAGGAAUUUCUACAUUUUUAAAACAGCUUUUAGAAAGUAACAAUGGAGGAAAAAGAUAGUACUGAUGUAUUGGGAGACGAAGAAUCUGAAGAGACAGAAAAUAUAAUAAUAAAUGAAGUUGACGGCUUACCUAACUUGCAUCCUAAUUAUGAACAAUUGGAACUUGAUUUUGAAGGAGAACAAGGACACGGUUGUUUGAAUUCAAGAUCAAUAGAUGAAUUGGUUCACGAUGAAGAUUUACCGACUUCUGUUAUUGUUACAAAUGUAGAUCCUGGAGUGUUCAAAAUAGAUGAAUUAAAAUCUACAAUAGAAGAUCUUUUUAAACAAUUUGGAGAAGACGCUACAUUUCAAUACUUCAAAUCAUUUAGAAGAAUGAGAGUUAACUAUAAUUCUCCAAGUGCAGCAGCUAGUGCUAGAAUACAAUUACAUCAAACUCACUUUGGUAAAACUGAUAUUAAUUGUUAUUUUGCACAACCUGUAACACCGAUAGAUAUGGAAGAUCAACAUCUUCAACCGCCAGCUCCUACAAAGCAGUUCCUAAUUUCUCCUCCAUCGUCUCCACCUGUGGGAUGGGAGCCACGCGAGGAAAAUGAACCUUUAGUCAAUCAUGAUUUAUUGGCUGCUAUUGCAAACUUGUCUGCAGACUGGCAAAUCAUCAUGGCCUAAACAGAAAGCUUAAUAAAAGAAGCUUGGCGCUUAACGUGUUAAAAAGUGGUAGUCAUGAAUUACAUCCCGGAGGUUCUGGGCAACCAGGCAUUGUUGUUCACGUAUGUGAAACUGAAAAUCCUAUGAAAGGUGGCCCACGUAUUCAACAUACACGUUGUCCAGAACAUUAAUGAAAUUUAUUUGGAUACACAUGAUACCUUAUACACGUCCAAUAAAUCAUUUAUCCAUCCAAAAAGUAACUAUAAUAAACAAAAUAUCGUACAAAAAUGGCAAUGAACGUAAAUUAUAAUUUAUGUCAACAUAUUGCAAAAAUUAAUUUUUUUUUCUUUUUUUCCAUUCCCCAUCUUUUUUUCUUUUUCUUUUUUACCCAUUUCAAAUUUUUGCCAUAAAGUUAAAUAUUAAAGUGUUAUAAAUAGUCAGUGAAAAUAUGAAAAUUCUUAUGAAAAAUAUAGGUAUUUAAUAUAUAAUAUUAAAGUUCUAAUCAAAAUUAAUUCCACGAGAAAUUCUUGUUAUAUUAAUGUAAAAAUUUCUCCGACUCGCCCCCCCCCCCUUCCACUAUAAAUGUUAUUAAUAAUAACUGUUUACAUAUAGUCUAGAGUAUCUAGACUUAAUAUCAGUUUGAAGUGUCUGUUCUGAGAAAAUAUGUUCAUUAAUUUUUAGACUAUUUAAUGUUAAUUCGGGCUAAAUCAAUAAUACAAAUCACAAAAAUGUACAGUUUACGAAUUAAAAAAAAAAAAAAUAGAAAGUAUCUAUAUCAAUGAAGUUAAAUAUUAUUAACAAAAAAAUAAAAUAUUGGUAAACAUUGAUGUUUUUGUGAAACACAACACACACACACACACAAAUUCUAGAUUAAAAAAGAAAAACAAGAAAAAAUAAGAAAAGAAGAUUGGGUAUUAAUUCUUGAAAAAAAUUAAAUUAUUAAUUGUAUUCUCUGCUAUAUGUCAUGAAAAUUACUCUUUAUCGCAUAAAACUUAAAGCUUAUACACUAUGCAGUAUUAGAUAAUAUGAUAAUACUGAUAAGUAAAAAAGACAAAAAAAAUCAAAGAGUAAUACUGCAUUAACGACUUAAAUUGUUCUUUAAAUUUAUCGAUGUUCCUUGUAUUUUAAAGUAUUGCUCAUUGUUUUACUUUAAUGUUGUGGAAAUGCAAAUGUUAUAAUAAUAUCUAGAAGCCUACAAUAAUUAAUUACAACAACAACAAUAAUAAUUAUAAUAAUAAUAAUAAUAAUAAUAAUAAUAAUAAAAUAUAUGAAAAUGUCAAUCUGAUCGUAAUCUUCACGUUCAGCAGAUUCUUUGAAAGGGAAAAUAUUCAAUUAAAAUAUAAGUUAUGUUUGCCUGUGGAAGUUAAGAUUCAAAUGUAGUUAUGAUAUUAAAAUAUGUGUGAUGUACAUAUACACGUGUGGAUGCGUGCGUGCAUGUUAUUUUAAUGAAUGCGGUAUAUAAAACGGAUAUUUGAUCAUA